CCCCCUUCGUUUCGCCCUCCAUUUUGUUGUUUUUGGUACCACAGAGAUCAAAGAUUCCCAAAACCCCCAUUUUCCCCAAAAUUUGGCAUUUCAAGAAUCCUACCCAUCUUUCUAUGUGAAUGUUCAUCUUUUCUGGAUGAAGCCUGUUCGUAUUUUGGUUUCGUUUUUGGCUGAUUGCGAUGGUCUAAGGUUGGAGGAUCGCGAAGGAAAGGCUAAUUCGUUCUAGGGUUUCUUUUUUUUCCUUUGUGUUUCUUAGUUUCCUUUUAAUUUAUUUGAAUUUAGAGAAGAUGAGUGUUGUCAGAUCUCAAGUUUGGCAACCCUGCAAGAAGAAGAGAUUAUAUCUUUGAAUAGAAAAAACUAAAAAUUGUUCACAAAAACGCUGGGAAAAUGGAUGGUAUAUGCAUCUAAACUUGAUGUUUCUUUCGAUUUGGGGAAAAAAGAAGAUGAACAGUACAUUUUUUCGAGAAAUCGUCAAAGAUUCAUAGGGAUAUACUUGUAUAUUUCCGUAUAGGGAUAUAACAAAAGGUGGGGUGUUUUAAUAUACUUUAGAUUGAGGGUUAGAGGGAGGUGAUCGACAGAUGGCAUCGUCGCGAUCGUCGAGGACUAGAGUGGGUCGAUAUGAGUUAGGAAGAACGCUUGGGGAAGGGACCUUUGCGAAGGUGAAGUUCGCCAGAAAUACUGAAACAGGUGAGAAUGUUGCUAUCAAGAUUCUUGACAAGGAGAAAGUUCUCAAGCAUAAGAUGAUCAAUCAGAUUAAACGUGAGAUAUCAACGAUGAAACUAAUCAGACACCCGAAUGUGAUUCGUAUGUAUGAGGUUAUGGCGAGCAAGACGAAAAUAUACAUUGUUUUGGAAUUUGUCACUGGUGGUGAACUAUUUGACAAAAUUGCAACUAGAGGCCGACUUAAAGAAGAUGAAGCAAGGAAGUACUUUCAGCAGCUCAUUAAUACCGUGGAUUACUGCCACAGCCGGGGUGUUUUCCAUAGAGAUCUUAAGCCGGAGAACUUACUUUUGGAUGCAAGUGGAUGUCUCAAAGUUUCUGAUUUUGGAUUGAGUGCACUGCCACAGCAAGUUCGUGAAGAUGGCUUACUUCACACAACAUGUGGAACACCAAAUUAUGUUGCUCCUGAGGUAAUCAACAACAAGGGCUAUGAUGGAGCCAAGGCAGAUCUGUGGUCAUGUGGUGUAAUACUUUUUGUUCUUAUGGCCGGGUAUCUUCCUUUUGAAGAGUCAAACCUUAUGGCUCUAUACAAGAAGAUAAAUAAGGCUGACUUCUCAUGUCCUCCAUGGUUCUCCUCAAGUGCAAAGAAGCUAAUCAAAAGGAUUUUGGAUCCUAAUCCUGUGACACGAAUCACAACAUCUGAAGUCAUUCAAAAUGAAUGGUUUAAGAAAGGAUACGUUCCUCCUAGAUUUGAACAAGAGGAUGUUAGUCUAGAUGAUGUGGAUGCUAUUUUCAACGAAGCCGGGGAUUCUCAGGUACUUGUUGUGGAGAGGCGGGAUGAACGACCCACGGCACCUGUCACUAUGAAUGCUUUUGAGCUUAUAUCUAAAUCUCAGGGCCUCAACCUUAGUUCUCUUUUCGAAAAACAAAUGGGACUUGUGAAGCGUGAAACAAGAUUUACGUCAAAAUGUCCUGCCAAUGAGAUUAUCUCGAAAAUAGAGGAAGCUGCUUUGCCUCUGGGAUUUGAUGUCAAGAAAAACAACUACAAGUUGAAACUUCAAGGCGAAAAGACUGGACGCAAGGGCCACUUAUCUGUUGCAACGGAGAUUUUUGAAGUGGCACCUUCCCUGCACAUGGUUGAGGUUCGCAAAUCUGGAGGAGAUACAUUGGAAUUUCACAAGUUCUACAAGAACCUUUCAACUGGAUUGCAGGAUAUUGUGUGGAGAAACGGAGACGAAGCCAAUGGGGAUUUGACGGGUGCUGCACCUGCUGCACCUUCUUCACCUUCACCUGCACCUUCUUCACCUUCUCCUGCACCUUCACCUUCUUCAUGAUUUGGAUUAUUGUUUUCCUCUGGAAUUUGUCUGUACAAAAGAUUGAUUGAUUGGUCCUUCCUUCCUUCCUAAUUGAGGAUUUUCUUGUUUCAUCCUUUAUUACUUCAACAAAUAAACACUCUGUAAUCUAUUGGUAUUUAAAUUGGUGACUUUUAUUAUUAGUGUUUUAUUUUCAUUGAAAUGUAAUGGUUAUUC